GGAGCGGCGGCCGCGGAGCUCAGUCACGCUGCCGGCCACCAGCGCUCCGCCGCCUUUUGUCUCCUUUUCUCCCGUUUAUUUUUCCACGGGCGGGCGCUGCCCGGAGCUCCCCAUCCUGCCGGACGGGGAGGGUCGUUUGGAGGCGCUCCUCGGUUUCGGGGGUGGCACCGCAGGGGGAAAGAGCCGCUCACCAGUGACUGUUUUCCUGAAAUAGGGAGGAAGGUAUGCUUCAGCCGCUGCAGCAAAGGCGCAAUACCAAGUUUGAAAGCAGUAAACAAAGGCAGAGUGAAGAAUUUGCCACGUCGUGACUGAAGGUAAAAGGAAAAAAAAAAACCUACAGGGAGAUCAGCUCAGCAGCAGAUAUUCCACAUUUGUGGCAUCCAGAGGUUUUGGGGGGAUCUUUGUUACGCUUCCAGAAGAAACAAAUAACGCUGUCACACGUACAUCAUUGUGUCACUUAAAAUCUGGUGCCAGCUGUGGUGUAGAUGGCUCAGCUUCCUCCGGGGAUUCGUUUCAUCACUUCAUUCUCACGAGAUCAGUGGUAUAGAGCUUUCAUUUUCUCUCUUACUUUCCUGCUGUAUGCCAGCUUCCAUCUGUCAAGGAAACCUAUCAGUAUAGUGAAGGGAGAGCUGCACAAGCAUUGUGCUGCUUCACAUGAAGUUGAGGUUGACUCCUACAAAGAAUAUGCUGCCCAGAUCCAGCCUGUCAAAAAGCCAUUUAAUGCCUCUCAGUGUGGUUGGGAGCCAUUUGAUAAGAGCAACUACAAACAGUUACUGGGAGCGCUGGAUUACUCAUUUUUGUGUGCAUAUGCAGUUGGAAUGUAUUUAAGUGGACUCAUAGGAGAGCGGCUGCCCAUCCGGUACUAUCUGACAGGGGGGAUGCUUGCCAGUGGACUCUUCACUGCAAUGUUUGGAUUGGGUUAUUUCUAUAAUGUACAUAAUCUCUGGUUUUACAUAAUGGCCCAGGUGUCUGUUAAGCAUUUUAAAGUUAUCCAGUCUCCCCUAAAGUUGCCUUUUUUUUCUGCUUUAUUUGAUUGCAAACAUGCUUUGCCAUAUGCUCAAGUUGAGAUAAGUGUUGUGCUGCUGCUUGAGUGUGGGGAAUUCACUUCUCUGCUCAGCUCAGAGCAAUGUGAUUUUUGGAGAGGUUUGAUCAUGGGAGUCUGGAAUUCACACACUUCAGUGGGGAAUAUCUUGGGAUCCUUGAUUGCUGCUUACUGGGUGUCCACGUGCUGGGGUCUCUCCUUUGUGGUGCCUGGGGUCAUCGUGGCUGUCAUGGGGGUUGUUUGUUUCCUGUUCCUUAUUGAACAUCCUAGAGAUGUCAGUUGCUCCUGCACACCGUCCAGUAAUUCUAAAACCUUCCUGAACGGCGCCUCUCGGUGCAGAAUCCAGAUGCCAGCCUUAAAUGCUAAGGAAAAUGGCAAACCCCAGGAUCCAGAGAUGCAGCAUUUACUCACUGACAGUGAGAACUGCAGCGUAUCACUGAGCUCCAGCACCGUGGCCACUGGGGAAGGAAGGCAUGGGACAUCAGCCAUUAGCUUCCUUGGGGCCCUGAGGAUACCUGGAGUUGUGGAGUUCUCCCUUUGUCUUCUGUUUGCAAAGCUGGUGAGCUACACUUUCCUCUUCUGGCUUCCCCUCUACAUCACAAAUGUUGAGCAUCUUGAUGCCAAAAGAGCUGGGGACCUUUCCACACUGUUUGAUGUGGGUGGGAUUUUUGGUGGGAUUUUGGCAGGUCUCAUUUCAGACAGGCUGGAGAAGAGGGCAUCAACCUGCGGAAUGAUGUUGCUGCUUGCAGCACCCACACUAUACAUGUUCUCUGCAGUCAGUAAAAUGGGCCUUGAGGCUACUGUAGUGAUGCUGCUUAUCAGUGGUGCCCUGGUGAAUGGCCCUUAUGCCCUGAUCACCACUGCUGUCUCUGCUGACUUGGGUACCCAUAAAAGCCUGAAAGGGAACGCCAGAGCCUUGUCCACAGUGACGGCGAUCAUUGACGGGACGGGAUCUGUGGGUGCAGCUUUGGGGCCUCUCUUGGCUGGCCUUAUUUCCCCAUCUGGUUGGAACAACGUGUUUUACAUGCUCAUGGUGGCAGAUGCAUGUGCCUUGCUACUCUUACUCCGUCUUAUCCAGAAGGAACUUCAGUGUCAUGCAGAUCACAGCCUGUUUAAAGAGCACUGAGCUACAAGACCAGAGCUGGGAUAAGGAGUGUGCCAGUGGCUGGAGCUCUUCCUGAAAACCAAAUUCCGUGGGACACCUUAUCCUGUAUUUGAGUUUCUGUGUGGUGAAGAGCUUUGUACGUUUGCUGGGAGCAGUGUGAGACAUGCAGCUGGUAAAUCCCUGAAGCUCUGAUUUUUGCACGUGAAUAAGUACCUCAGGAUGGCACCUGUUCAUCAGAUGAAGAGAUGGGGACUUUGGGAAGGUUUCAGCAGCACGCCUCAACUGAGCCAAAGAGAAAUACCAAGUGCCUUUUUUAUUUCUUUUGAUAGGAUGUUUUUAAUUAAAACUAUGGACUGUGUAUUUGCCAAAAAUCAAGGGAAAGCUAGAGCAGGAGGAAGUUGAAAUUUUAACAGUCUGCAAGUGACUGUCCCAGUGUCAGUGAGCAAAGGAUGUGUCUUUUAUGUCAUCUUGUGUACACUGAGAGCAUCACUUUCUAGAGGACAAUAUCAGCUGGUUAUUAAGAUGUGCUGCUAUUAGUACUUGAAGCUGCUCAGACAAUAAUCACCCCACUGUAUUAUUAGAUUUUAGCUACAGCACUACUUCCCAAGGACAGCAUCUGGCCUUUUGGUAGGUUAUAAAAUAGAAUUUACUCUUGCUGUGUACUGCAGUUAGCAGUUUUCACCGAUUCUCUGGAUGGAUGUUAGUCCUCCAUUAGGACUGUGCAGAAGAAAAGGAGUCCUAAGCAACAAAAAGCAGUUCAUGAGUCAGAAUUUCCAGUGGGGGCUCUAAUGAUUUUUCAGGGCAUUAUAAACUGGUGGUACAAACGUCACGGAAUUGUGCUGCUCUGCUAGGCUGGGCUGACAUGAGAGGUGGUUUCUUCAGGGUGGCUGAGAGCUGUGAACUGUCCUGUGCUGCAGCACCACAGGACUGAGCAGAUGGAGCUGCGUUGGUGCCCACUGGCUCGGGGAUCUCUGUUGGGUUUCAGUGCUGGUGUGUGCACAUGGAAGUCACCGUCAGAUCUGGGCCUUAAUAUCCAGAAAUCUCUCUCUAGUGGCUACUUUCAAGUGGCUCUGGGUUUCACAUUUGGAGCCAAAAUAUCAGAGAAGAAAAAUUACCUGUGUGGGUGGUAGUUUAGAAGAGAACAUUUGAGUAACUAGUGCUACCCAGCAAAAUAGAUGGUUUAAUGUCUUCAGAACAUAUCAUUUCUUUGUACAGCUGUCUGCUUUGCAAACAGAAUGUUUCUGUGAUUUUUUUUUUUUUUUUUAAGAUGUACAAAGUGAAAAGAAAUCUUCUUUUGUAUGGGAUGUUUAUACUUAGAUCACAAAGAUUAGGUAAUUUAAACUGUGUGUUGUCCUUAACUGUAUUUAUUAAAGCUCUAGGCCUUUGUCUUGCUCUUAAGUUUUGUGAGACAGUGCAGUAGUCUUUACACUUUGAUUAGCAAAACACUCUAAAAGCCCUGCAAAAUAUUCAGGAAUGUCCCAUCAGCUGCUGGUGUUGUGUUCCACGUGCUGGCACAACACUUAAUUUCCAGGGCUGUUUUGUACCUGCUCAGUCUUUGAGUUGCUUCUCUGGUUUGAUCCAGCACGUGCUUUGUGCUUGACUGGAGCAGUGUCAGAACGGGCUCAUUUUUAACUGUUCUGCUGAGCAGAGCUGCAGGGAUGACCUCAGACCCACAGGGACUCAGGCAAGGUGCCAGGUCCUUGCAGGGAGCUCUAGGAGGGUCCUGUCCCUGCACUUCGCUGGAUGGAAGGUUGACCUCACAUUUUGGGUAAACCAGGGGGGAUACUCAACAUAUGAGCGAGCUCAAAAAUCUGUGCUGUGCUUGGGCUGUGGUUAAAUGUGACAGAAUUGUGCAGCAAUGUUACUUGAAAGGAUUUCCAUCCUCCUGGAAUGGGAAACUGCUCCUGGAAUGUCAAACUGCUCCUCGUUCAGCCAGGCUGAAACAGCUUGAUGGGGCAAAAAUGACAUUGCAACCCCAAAACAGCAGUCCUGGCACAACUUCAGUGUAUCUGUGGGGAGGGAGGGAUGGAUGGAGGACUACAUUAGCUGAAGAUUCCAAUCCCUUUCCCCAAAAAUACAUACAGAGCUUAUACUAGUUUAUUGAAACAGUUCAAACUCUGCUGCGCUCAGAUUUUGAGAAGUUGUUCCCUGUUGGCUGAAGUCUGAGGUUAAAAAGCUUUUGGUUGUAUUUCUAAAGAUAUUUAACUGUGUUUUGGGUUUUACUUGUUGGGGCUGCUGCUGUUAUUUAUUUAUUUAUUUGAAUAGCUUUUGCACUGCAGUGACUCGGGUAUGGGGUAAUGACAGAUUGCAUUUCAGUUCCUCCCAGCUACAAAUUUGUUGGACAAAAAGGUUAAAGAUUUGUUUUUCUUGUUUUAGAAACCCUAAAGGUCCCCCAGAUAGUGAAUAAACUGUGUGUUUUGUUAGUAUCAGGUGUCUGUAUCCAUUAAUCUGGAAAUGGGCAAGACUGACAAAAUUUUGUAUGUAAAAAUGUGAGUGACCAGUAGGUACAGCCAAAUUUAAAUGCAACUGCAGGGUUGGUUUGUUGUUUUUUAAUGCUGAUUAUUGUGAAUUUUAUCCAUUCAUCAUCCUGUGUUGAAUAAAAGUAGAUUCUAUUCUAAA